AUGCCGUCCCUCCAUUUCACGACCGCCCUCUGGACCGCAUUCGCCAGCCUGACAUUCGCCUACAGUAUUCCCGCCAAUCUAGCCCAACUCUACAACACUCACAAGUCCAAACCCUGCACCACCAUCCUCGCCAGCAACUUCAGUGACGGCCAAACCAGCGACACCACCUUCACUUACUGCGGCGAUAUCCCCAACGCCGUCUUCCUGCACAGCGAUUCCAUGGGCGGCGAAUACGAUAACAUGGAUAUUGACUGUGAUGGGGCGCACGCGCACGGGGGGAAUUGCGGGAAUGAUCCGUCCAUUCAGGAUCAAACGACUUUUAAGGAUCAGCUGGGGCAGUAUGGGAUUAGUGAUCUCGAUGCGAAUGUUCAUCCGUAUGUCGUGUUUGGGAAUACGGAUUAUGAUCCGCAACGGAGUGGGAUGGUGCCGUUGGGUGUGAUGGCCGUGGUUUGUAAUGGGCAGGUGGUGUAUGGAAUUUGGGGAGAUACGAAUGGCGGGAGCGUGACGGGCGAGGCGUCAAUUGCUCUCGCCGGACUGUGUUUCCCGGAUGCCGGGAUCAGUGGGAAUAAUGGCCAUUCGCCGGAUGAUGUGAUGUAUAUUGGAUUCACGGGGCAGGAUGCGGUGCCGGGAGGUAGUGCCAAGUGGACGGCGGGGAAUACGCAGGAAUUUGAGGAGAGUAUUAAGAGUUUGGGGGAUCGGUUGGUUAGUGGACUGGCUUAG